ACUCAUUCUAUUUAUAUAUGCAUUUGCUAACUCUGAUUGGGCAAGCAAUCGCAAUGAUCAUAUCUCUACUUCUGCCUAUCUUAUCUAUUUAGGCUCCAAUAUCAUCUCUUAGUACUCACAAAAACAACACAUGAUUGUUAGCUCCAGCACGGUAAGUCGAGGUUCUCGUCAUUGCUCGGGCCAUCACAAAAUUAGAAUAGGUGCAAUUACUUCUGCGCAAAUCUAGUGUUUCAGUCUCGUAUGGAACACUUGGCCCCCCGACUACCAUUUUGUCCCGCGACUCAUCCUGAUUGGCCUACUCCGAUUUCACAAUAUCUCCAGAAUUCAUGAGUUAAUUGGUUGAUGCUCUCACGAAGUCGUUGCAUAAUCCCUGGUUUCUUAUUCUCUGGAUCAAAAUUGGCGGUGUGGACACAACGUCCAUUUUGUAGGGGCUAAUACUAAUAGAGAUAGAUACGAGAAAUCAAAAUCGAUAGCUUUUAUUUACCAAUUACCACUAAUUGCGCCAUAUAAUUAUUUUUAUAUACUUGUUAUUUCAAUCAACUCAUGUAUAUAUCCGUUUAAAUGAUUGCAUCUAAAUUCAUUCAUAAAACAAGUAUGAUUGCUGAGAAAUGGUGCAACGAACCAAGUAACCAACCCACAAAUUUAGCCAGCCCCAAGAAAAACUCCUAGGCUUCCCCGAUCGUGUGAAGUUAUAGUUGUACGUGCAUGAACAUCCAUCAAGAUUCAACAACCCUUUCAAUCCCAUCUCUAUAUAAAUACUUGAUGCAUCGGCGCUAUUCUUUUAUCCAAGCACAAACUAGCAAUCGGUAAGAGAAAAGUGAGAGAACAGAAUAAAGUACGUCAAUAUAUAAUAACAACUUGGUUGCUUGCUAAUCAGGACUACUUGAGAGCAAAGAUGCAGAGGAGUUCUGGUUUCUACGCUGCGAGCCCUGUUGCUGCUCCCGGGGUGGUGGAAACAGCAGCGGUGAAGCAGGAACAAGGCGUUACUAUCAAGCAAGAGGCUGCGCCGCCGGCAACCCUCAAACCUGCUGCUGCUGUGGUGAGCCGCAUCAAGCAGGAAGAGAAAGUUGCGCCCCCGGCUCCUGUGUACUACUCUCAUUGCAUCGGUGGUUGAUGUCCCGGCGAUGAUGGUUGUGAAAGCUGGAGGAAGGAAUUAUCAUGUUAUGGUUACCUAAACGUAAUAAAUAAAGUGUUCAAUU